AGUGAAUUCACAUUGCAGUUGAAAAUUAGGAUCAUAUUUUUCAGGCUGAGUGUUGAUCGUCAAACAGACUUGAGAGCAAUGAAAGCUUGGCUUGCUUUAUUGAUCCCCGCUUUGAUAUCCUCAUCAGUUUCAUCCGUCUGUAGUUGAAAAGAUGCUUCCCAGGUAGCUGAAGGAGCUUGCUUCUUUCAGAUUCUUCCCAUUCAUGCCGAUUGUUGUCAGUUGUUGUUCCUGUUGGCCAGAAAUCUUCAUCACCUCUGUUUUCUAUAUGUUUACUUGGAGUCCUAUCUUUGAUGCUUCUUCUGCCAACUUGUUGCUUUUCACUUGCAUAUCUUCCAGUUUGUGGGAAAUCAGACAUUUAUCAUCGCCGACAUCCACAUCCUCCAAUUUUUCUGUGUGGAUUCAUUUUAUGCCUGUCUCCUCGUUGCCCGUUGUCUGUCUGUCGCAUUAUCCAGUCUACCACAAUCAGGAAAAUCAUUGCAGAUAAUGAUCAGCCAGUUUGUCUUACUCCCGUUUUCGCUUCGAAGGAUUCUGUGGGUUUUCCGUUGUGCAUUACUUGGCAUGCAGCAUCAUCGUGCAACUGUUGGAUGAGGUGCAUAAUUGUUGGCGGCAGCCCGUAGUAGCGAAGUAAUUUCCAA